GGUUGGUGGCCGCGUCGUCCCGUCGCCCCCCUUCUUUUGUUCCUUCCGUCUUCUUUCUAAUUCGCAACCGUUCCGAUCCCUCGCCGACUCUUCCCGCAGCUUUCGUCGCUCGAUUCAGCUUCUUUUGCAACUUCAACCAGAUGGCCAGUGGGUUUGGGGAGUCAUCGUCCGGUAGAGAUCCUCAGAACUCUUCGUUCGGGGAAAGCAGUAGCAACAAUGAUGCUGGCAGCUUUGAAUGUAACAUCUGCUUCGAGCUGGCCCAGGAUCCGGUGGUCACCCUCUGUGGUCACCUCUUUUGCUGGCCCUGCCUAUACAAAUGGCUCCAUGGCCAUGCCCAGUCUUCUGAAUGCCCUGUUUGCAAGGCCAUCGUCGAAGAAGAGAAGUUAGUUCCUCUUUAUGGCCGGGGGAAGAACUCUACAGAUCCACGGUCCAAGUCCUUGCCGGGCAUGAACAUUCCCCAUCGCCCAGCUGGGCAGAGGCCAGCGACAGCACCCCCGCCGGACCCGAACAAUUUCCAUCAUGCUAACCCAUGGUUCAUGGGUGGAGCCCCUGUCGCUAGCACGAGAUUCGGGAACUUCACGUUCUCUGCAGCUAUUGGUGGCUUGUUCCCACUUCUGAGCUUUCAGGUUCAUGGAAUUCCUGAUGCGACUGCCUACGGUCCCGGUGCAGGGUUCCCCUAUGGGUAUGGCAAUGCAUUUCAUGGUGGGCAUGUUCACGGAUUCCCGCGGCAUGUGCAACAUGGACAACAGGCUGAUGUAUAUCUGAAGGCACUGUUACUUCUUGUUGGUGCUCUGGUAAUCGCCAGCCUUGUUUGGUUUUAGGCAGUUUGUAAUAGUCAUCUUGCUGAUAUUGAUAGAUGAGUCGUAUUUCAUGUAAACAUGCUGCGUGCAUUGAUGUACUGCCAUUGUUGCCCACUUGCUCUGUGGUCGUAAAAUUUACAAUGUUAGUUGGCGUUUACGUUCAUGUUAAAUUGUUGAUGAAAUGUCCUAUUGAAAAUUGUUGUCAUUGGGAUGUAGUAACAAAACCACGAUUUUAGAGUGCUAUUAUCGGUUGUUAAACGGUAACAUGUUUACCUAGGCUGUGUUACAUUGUUCUUAAUUUGAUAAUUGGACAUGUACUGAUGGAUUGACUUC